UGAAGAGGUUUAAUUCUGAAGCAAAGAAGAUGACCUUUCUUGAGGAGCAGCCUGAGCUCCCCAUUUGAAGCGAUCCUUGGUUAGGAAAUUGAGCUCAGUGAUUCGGAGAUGCAGCCGUUGGCGAGGACACGGUCUGGAGAGCUUGAAGACAGAUGAUCUCGUUCCUCUGGUUCCUUUGCUGGCCGUCCGGUCGCUUUGUUCAUUUCCCCUGUGAUGGCUCGACGGAAGGCGAACAUCGAUUUGGCUCGGGGUGGUGUGCUUGGAAGGCUUCCUUCCUUCCCCACCAUCCGAGUUCGGUUGAAUCAAAUCCCUCUUGGCGCGUGGUGGCGAUGGCUGGUGGUGGUGGGCGGUGCAUGCGUAGUCAGGUGGCGGUUGAAGUUCGGCCGCGGCGGUGGAGGAUGCUAGAGGAAGGCAAGAGGCGGCUAGGGUUUGUAGAUGUGGACAUUGUUUUGGUCCGUGGUCCGGGCCCUAUUGGGUUCCAGACUCUUGGUUUGUGCUUUUUUUGUUUGGGUCUUCUAACUCUUAGUAUCCUCUUGUUUGUAUCAUUUCCGAUUGGG